UUGUUUUUCAAGUCUGUUCACUAUUAGGACCAAUAAAUGAGCAAUGCCCUCUUUGAAAGUUUUUCAGGUCUGGGAAGAGGAGGAGAUAUGGUAGCUGACCAAAGGGACUGCAUCAUAUUGAAUACUCAAAUCACUCAAAUCACACACAGAUAUCAAUGCCAAAUUCAGCACAAUGUCAUACACAAAGUUACUGGAAUACCAUACAUGAUUGCACUUGAUGUUACUCUCCUCUGCCUGCUAAGUAUUCCAUAUUUUACAUCUUUAUCGUUUAUAUUUGACUAAUAUUUUCCUUAAUGUCCCUGCACAUAACCAAAAUUUCCAAAUAAAUGAAGUAAGUGAAAAGUAGGCAUGCCAAAUUAGUCUCUAUUACCUCACAAAACACCAGCUAGAGACUAGGAGUGAGGGAGAGAGAGAGAGAGAGAGAAAGAGAGCAUUGAAAUGUGCAAUGGAGUUUUUUUUUUUUCCCCCCCAUAUAUCAAGCUUUUCAUCAGCUUCCUUAUCAUUGAAUAAUAAUAUCUGUCAUUCUUUUUACUGUCUCUUUUACAUGUUUUUCUUAAUUGGUUUCAGGAUAUUCCUCAAGGACCCCCUCAACCAUGCUUAUUUUCCUUCUUUAUUUUGUUCUUUUUUCAUUUUUUCGAUCCUUUGGAGAUAAAAACAAAAGUGAGGUAAAUGGUGAAAUAUGCGGCGGAAUCUACUAAUAAAUGUGAUCAUCUCUGGAGAUACUCUGAAGGCUGAAGGGCAAUUGAAGACAACCCAAAUUCUUAAAGACCAUUUUGUGAGGUUCCAAAUGGACGGUCUUGAUUGGAAGAUUGUACACUAGCUUGAGUUUUCCCAGCUACCAGCCUGUAAAAAUUUGACUUUUAAGUACCUUAUUAAAUCCACUAACUAACUCAUUAAAUUUUUCUGCAUUUGCUGAAUGCCUCAGAGAUUGAUGCUUUUUUUAUGAAUGUCUCGGAGAUUGAUGCUUUUUUUUACUUUAUACAAAAGGCCCUCUGUCACUAGCUUUUUUAUUCCUUUUCUAGGAGUGAAACUAUCAGAGAGAGAGGAAAAAAAAAAAAAAAAAAAAAAAAAGCUCUGCAGUCUAGGCAGCUAAGAUAGGGUGCAACAGGCUUGCUCAGACCCAAAAAAGGGAGCUGUUGUUCUGGGCUUAAAGACCAUCUCACAGUCAUGUAGCACUACAUUUAACUUGGCCUGUGGGGGGAGAGAGUAGAAUAGAGUUUGGCUUGUAUGAAAAGGCAAGAAAUCAAAAGUUUUUUAAAAUAGUCAUGAAAGAUUUGUCAAAUGAAAUGAAGCUUGCAAAUAUGAAGUGUAUGACUUGCUUGUGAAGCAAAAUCUCUGUACUGUACCAAUUCGAGAUAAGGCUAAAUAGAGAGCCAAGAAUUUUUGAGGUUCUAGCCUGCUCUCUUUCUUUUUUUUCUUUUCUUUUUUUUGUUUUCCCCCCCCUUGGGAACAGGAAAUUUUGCUUGCUUGGUUGAGUUUCUCAGACUUACCUCUUCUUUAUAUUCCAGCAAUCAUGCAUGUAAUCCAGAAUUCUGCGUGAUUCUAUCUUAUCUCUCUCUAUCUCUGUGUCUCUGUGUCUCUUCGCCGUUUGACAAUCAUAAUCACCAUCAUCAUCAGUCAAGGUUUGAAGCAAUGAAGGCAAGAUUAAUUUGCUGUUUGUUAAUAGCUCUGCAAAUGGUGAGUUGGGUUUCUACAACAAGCAGGCAUUUUCAACCAAAUGUUGGUUUUGGCGUUCAACAAGCAGGCCAGAAUCCAGAGUCUUCAGAAAUAACAUCAAAACAGGGAUUCAAGAACUCUGAAGAAGUGGAGAAGAUUUAUGAAGAAGCAAAUUUGAAAGGAGUGAGAAAAAUAGGGUCAAGCCCACCAAGCUGUGAGAACAAGUGUUAUGGAUGCGUUCCAUGUGAAGCAAUUCAAGUGCCAACCACCAGCAGACACAGCCAUGUGGGUGUUCAGUACGCAAAUUAUGAACCUGAAGGUUGGAAAUGCAAGUGUGGUCCAUCAUUCUACAGCCCAUGAACAGAAUACCAGUAGAGAAGCACUCAAAACAUGCCUGCUUUCAUUUUCUCUCAAUUGACCAUUCCCAUUGUACAAAAUUUCUUCAUCUUCUUUAUUAGUCUUUUCAAAUUUGCUCUAAGGAACCCUUCUUGAGACUGGUGUCGCUGGUGCAGUAUAAUAGAAUAUACAUAAAUCGUUUUUGGCCAGCUGUUGUUAAUUAUGGAUGGGGACAUGAUUGAAAAUCAGGCUGAUCACUUGGCCCUGUAAAGAGCUUGUUUUGCAAAGAAAUGAUUUUUCUUAUUUUCCUUUCUGUUUUUGGUGAAUGCUCUAAUACUUAAUGGUAGCCUUGUAAAAGACUAAAACGUAAAACCAUUUUCCUAUAUUGAUGUGCUUGCUUAA